AUGGCCUCCGUACAAAUCCUUGACGGUGGUCUGGGAACUUCUCUGCAGGACAAAUAUGGCGUGAACUUCUCCAGCGCAGACACACCUCUCUGGGCCUCCCACCUCCUGGUCUCAAACCCCGAAACGCUGAAAGCCUGUCAAUCCGACUUUGGUGAGGCAGGCGUGGACAUCCUCUUAACUGCGACUUAUCAAAUCUACACUGGAGGGUUUCAAAACACAAAGACGGCCGAAUUCCCAGAAGGGAUCCCGGCGUCUGAGGUUGGUCGAUUCCUGCGGACAGCCGUGGAGGUCGCGGAAAUUUCGAAAGUGCGCGAUUCAGCAAAGAUAGCUUUGAGCCUUGGACCUUAUGGUGCUUGUAUGAUUCCCGGACAGGAGUACGGGGGUGUUUAUGAUGCAGAGCACGAUGAUGAGGAAAACCUUUAUCGGUGGCAUUUGGAGAGAUUGCGGUUGUUUCAGAAUGUCGAAGGGGAGGAUUUGACCUCGCGGAUUCAAUAUGUUGCUUUUGAGACAUUGCCGCGGUUGGAUGAAGUGCGUGCGGUGCGGAGGGCAAUUCAUGACUCGGGAAUCACGGCGCCCUUUUGGAUCGCCUGUGUAUUUCCUAGGGAGGAUGAGUGCCUUCCCGAUGGGAGCAGUGUCGAACAGGUUGUUGAGGCGUCAAUUGCCCCGAUGGAAGGAGCCCUUGUGCCUUUGGGAAUCGGUAUGAACUGCACGAAAGUUCAUAAGCUCUCGGGGUUGGUCGACAAAUUCGGGGCCUGUGUGAAGGAUGCAAUUGCUACGGGUCUUGCCUCGGCGGUUCCGAGUCUCAUCCUGUACCCAGAUGGAACGAAUGGAGAGGUUUAUAAUACUACGACGCAAACUUGGGAGAGGCCAGAGGGACAGGGUGAUAAUCAGGAUGUUCGCCCCUGGGAAGUCCAACUUGCGCAGGUUGUUAGCGAUGCCAAUGCAAAGGGCCCCUUCCAGCAUUUCAUCGUAGGCGGCUGCUGCAAAGCCUCGCACAAGGAUAUCAAGAAGCUUCGGGAGCAGUUUACCGCUGCAUGA